AGCGGCGAUUUGGAGUUCGGAGUGAACUGGGAGAGGGAGACGAUGGCGGCCGAUGUUGCAGCUUUGGAGUCAUUGGUAACGGGUCUGUACGAUGUGCAGGCUUUCAAGUUUGGGAACUUCGUGCUGAAGAGCGGGCUCUCUUCCCCCUUGUACAUCGAUCUACGGGGCAUCGUGUCUCGACCCCGUAUUUUGAGUCAGGUUGCAGAAAUUUUAUUCCAAACUGCCCAAAAUGCAGGGAUCAAUUUUGAUACUGUGUGUGGAGUACCUUAUACAGCUUUACCAUUGGCCACGGUUAUCUGUUCAACCAACCAAAUUCCAAUGCUUAUUAGAAGGAAGGAAACAAAGGAUUAUGGUACUAAGCGUCUUGUAGAAGGAGCUAUUAAUCCAGGAGAAACCUGUUUGAUCAUUGAAGAUGUUGUCACCAGUGGAUCCAGUGUUUUGGAAACUGUUGAGGUUCUUCAGAAGGAGGGCUUGAAGGUCACUGAUGCCAUAGUGCUGCUGGACAGAGAGCAAGGAGGAAAGGACAAUUUGCAGGCGCAUGGGAUUCGUCUCCACUCAGUGUAUACAUUGUCCAAAAUGCUGGAGAUUCUUGAGCAACAGAAAAAAAUUGAUGCUGAGAUGGUCGAGAGAGUGAAGAGAUUUAUUCAGGAGAAUGUUUUUGUGGCAGCUAAUCGUAAUGGUUCUCUCCCUUCUGUAAAGAAAGGACCCAAAGAACUAAGCUUUGGUGCACGUGCAGAGCUGCCUGGGAUCCACCCAGUUGCAUCAAAGCUUCUCAGGCUUAUGCAGAAGAAGGAAACCAAUCUGUGCCUGUCUGCUGAUAUUUCAGAGUCCAGAGAGCUGUUGCAGCUAGCAGAUGCUUUAGGACCCAGAAUCUGCAUGCUCAAGACUCAUGUAGAUAUUUUGAAUGAUUUUACUCUGGAUGUAAUGAAGGAGUUAACCAUUCUGGCAAAACGCCAUGAGUUUCUAAUAUUUGAAGACCGGAAAUUUGCAGAUAUAGGAAACACAGUAAAAAAGCAGUAUGAAGGUGGUGUCUUUAAAAUAGCUUCUUGGGCAGAUCUAGUAAACGCUCAUGUGGUUCCAGGCUCAGGAGUUGUGAAAGGCCUGGGAGAAGUAGGCCUGCCCCUGCACCGGGCAUGCUUACUCAUUGCAGAAAUGAGCUCUGCUGGCUCCUUGGCCACUGGGAGCUACACUGAAGCAGCGGUGAGAAUGGCUGAAGAGCAUUCUGAAUUUGUGGUUGGUUUUAUUUCUGGCUCCCGAGUAAGCAUGAAACCAGAAUUUCUUCACUUGACUCCAGGAGUUCAGUUAGAAGCAGGAGGUGAUAAUCUCGGCCAGCAAUACAACAGCCCACAAGAAGUGAUUGGCAAACGAGGUUCUGAUAUCAUCAUUGUGGGCCGGGGCAUAACAACAUCAGCUAAUCGUCUGGAAGCAGCCGAGACAUACAGAAAAGCUGCUUGGGAAGCUUAUUUGAGUAGACUUGCUGUCUGAGUGUCUUGGAUACAUUUUUGUGAAGGCCUUGAAGAUACAUAGUCUCCUGAGAUGCCACUGGCUUGAAAUAAUAAGCAGCCUUUAAUACUGCUUGGAUUCUUCCAUGGGUCCUGUGUGGAAUGACUUCUGGAGUUACCACAGCACACAGGAAAUAUUCGGUGACUUAUAAUCACUGCACUAUCACUAUAAUCAGUUCAUUUUCAAGCUGUGUUUUAUUGAGACUGAUGUUGGUUAAGCAAUCACAGCCCUGUCCUGUUAGAAUCUUCCACAUUUGAGGAAGUCCCCCUUCUCUAGAUCAGACUUUUUGAUUCUUUGAAUUGCCGUGAGACAGAAAUUUUAGGUCAUGAAGAGGCUAAAACCAGUACAGCAUUUCUUGUGUCCUUUAUUCUGUGUCUAAUGUGGUACCCUAAUAAUAUUUAAAUAUUAGCUGUUCUCCUCCUCUUCUGCUUAAAAAUAGUCCAGGUGUCCAAAUGGUGCUGGCUCCCAGCACUGCCGUUGCUCACUCACCGGAGGGGGCCUGGUGGGAAACAGGAGAUGACUGUAGCUAAGCCCCUGCAGCCAAUAUCAGGCUUUCAUUUCAACAUGGAGAGGGCUUCUGACUCCUCAGUUCUUCCCUGGGGCGGCAGUUUAAACCUGUGCUGAACCCCAGUCACUGAUUCCUUUUGCCUUAUUUCUAUUACAAAUGGACCAGCUUCUCCUUCAUUUAUUUAAAAAGACAGCAGCAUCAAGAGGUCUAAGGUUUCAUUCGGAGGUUUGCUUGAGGAUCCUACAUGAUUGUCCCAAACGCCGUUGACAGAGAGGGCUGUCAGCCUUCACAUUUAGAAAUGAAGAGAAAGGAGCCCAGCAACAGAGCUGAAGUUUUUGGGUCUCCACUGUGGUGGGGCUGGACACUUCACACGUGUGGCAGUUAGGCAGCCUCUCACUCUGGUCCCCAGUGCACUUUCUCCUAGAAAUUCUUCUCAGUUUCUGGACGAUCCCUGUACUCCGAUACUGAUACAGAUUUUCUCCAUUUUUAUAUUUCUUUGGUCUGUUCAGGAAGCAUCUUAGAGGGAGGGGAGUGAAGGGUGUGGGCUCAAGUGAUCAUUUUGAAAUGGCCCGGCUGCACAUUCAAGGCCCUGGGGUUCUAGAGGUGGGAGUUGCAUUUGAAGGCUCUCAGUUCUGAUUCCACCAGCACACUCCUAAUCUGCCGUUCUCAUCUCAAUCAUGCCUACAAGCAGUGGCAGGUGUCAGAGGACACUUGCCAUUUCCUCAGGAUGACAGCUGUUCCCAUCUCUGACUGCCCCACUCUUCAGCUUUUGUGAGUCAGAUAGAAGCCUGUUAGGUUAAGUCGGGUGCUUAUCUUGGAGUCUACACUUAACAGCUUCUGCUCUGAAGUCCUAUUGAGCUUCGGGUCCCAGUGCCGAAGCUCCAGAGAAGUUCCCUUUGGGAAAGGCAAAUUAUCACGGAAUAAGGCGGGAAGGAAAUGGAAGAGGUGUGGCCUCGGGGCUAUUCUGGAGGAGCUGAAAGUUAGGAAGAGGUGGAAAUUUUUCUAAUAAGAACUUACGGGAAUUUCUUGGAUAUAUUACAAGUCCUGGGGCUUCCCUGGUGGCGCAGUGGUUGAGAGUCUGCCUGCCGAUGCAGGGGACACAGGUUCGUGCCCCGGUCCGGGAAGAUCCCACAUGCCGUGGAGCGGCUAGGCCUGUGAGCCAUGGCCGCUGAGCCUGCGCGUCCGGAGCCUGUGCUUCGCAAUGGGAGAAGCCACAACAGUGAGGCUCGCGUACCACAAACAAACAAACAAACAAACAAAAAAGUCCUGGUGACCUCAAGGCCGAGAGACCUUUGCAGUAAUGUGCUGAGGUCUCAAGUGCCCACUUAAUGGACUCACUGGUUCUCACACUUCAGCAUGCGUCAGAAUCACCUGGAGUCUCGUUAAAUCAGACGUUGGCCCAGCUCCAGCGUCGACUGGGUAGUUCUAGGAUAGGACAUGAAAGUUUGCAUUUCUAACAAGUUCUCAGGCAAUGCUAAUGCUGCUGGUACAGGGACCACACUUAGAGCAUCACUACCCUGGUUAGUCACAUUUUUCUUCUGCAAUGAAAUGGUCUUGGGGUCUCUUUCUCCUGCUGAGAGCAGGAGAAAAGUCCUGCCAUAAGCAGUUCUGUUACUGAAGCUCACUCAGGGCCCCUUCUGGGUAACUUGAUGGGAAAUCAGAGGAGCAUCAAAGAAUCACCUGGGCCCCACCAUCGGAGAUUCUGUUUCAGCAGAUUUGAGGCGAGGCCUGGAGAUCUGCAUUUCAACAGGUACUUCGGCUUAUUUUGGUGUUUCUUGAGAAUAAGCCCAGCACAGACAGUCUGGAGUCAUAAAACACUGGAGCACAAAUUGAUUGAGACAAGUCGAAGAACUUGGCUGUCUAGGACCUAUGAGGGGACUAUUCAGCAUAAAAGCAUUUUAGAGGCAUUUAAUAGUUUAGCCCUUUCUCAGUCAAGAAAUAUUUACAGAGCAUGAGCUCUGAGCUUACAACACCGGCCCUAGUGAAGAAAGUGGGAACAGUCUUCACAGGGUGCCCAGAACAACACCUGUAAGACUAAUGGGAGUGGAGAAUAUCAAUACUGGCCUCUUCCAGUACUCUGGGUGUUUAGUAGAGCAUCAGCCAGUCAAUUUGUAGUGCCGCAGGAACCUAAGAAACCUGGUCCGCUCUCCUUACUUUAAAGCGACAGAAAUAUAGACCCUGAACAGUGAAGGGAACAAACAGCUCAUGACCAGCUUGUGAGCAACAGAGGCCUGGGGCCUCAGGCCCAACUCAUCCUCACUCAUGGUGAUGCGGACUGUCUACGGUCUCUGGAAGAGGGCACGGAGGGUGAGGGCGGCAGCCCGAGGACACGCAGCACUGAGCCAGCUCUCCUAGCACAGUGCUGCUGGGCCCACGUAGGCAAAAAGGCCCAGAAGCACCGCCACAGGCUUUGCCAAGAGCUCCGAAGAAGAGAACAGAUAUGGCGUAUCUCCUUUGAGAUGGGUGGACACAAGGAGCAAGAGUGGGGAGGCUCAGACCAGGGCGCGUGCACUGUCUGUGUGUGUGUGUGCGCACACACGUGUGUACACAUCAGAGGGCCAACUGGUUGUUUCUGCCGCGAGAGGAGCUGAGGUUUCUGACAGCCCAUCUUGGUCAGUGCAGUGCUGGCCCAUAGAUGCAGUCUGUGGCCUCCUACCAACCAUGGGUUUGCUGCUACGUCCCAGGGUGGGCAAAAGAAAGAAAAGACCUGAGGAAGUCCAGCAACCAGGAGAGGAAAGCAAAGAAAACCACCUGCAACAGGUGUUAGCUCCAAGAGCAGGGAUUUCACCUUGUGUUCAGUGCAGCAUCUCUGCACCUGGAACGGGCCCAGCAAACGUCUCUGAAUGAAUGCAAGCAUAGGUGCCUUCUGGUGAAGGAACUGCCACCGGAAGCAGACCCGCUUCAGAAUAACAAAAAUAAGAUGACAAUUUGUGUGUGUUGUGGGGAGGGGGGACUAAAAUGAAAAUUUUCAUUUUGAAUGUGAAAAUGUGAUGGAAACAUUUCAAGAUGGUAUGAUUAUACUGAGAACUACAUCUGUGGGCAGGAAGAUCAAGUGGAAGAAAUACCAAAAUUCAAAACAAAGGGACAAAGAAAUGGAAAUAACAGAGUAGAUGAGAGGCUUACAGAACAGAUUCCUGAAUAUAAAGAGGAAAAGACAACGGGAGGACAGGAAAUACUUACAGAAGUAACUGAGGAAGUUUUCCCCAGUUUGAAAAAAUACUUGAGUCUGCAGAAGCAAAGGGCCCAGUGAGUUCUAGGCAGGUGUUGUGGACAAAGGCAUACACCUGGGCACAUCCUGUCAAAAUUACUGAACUUCAAAGAUGGGACAUUUUACAAACAUCUAGAGGAAUAAAAUACUUGGAAAGUGAAAGGAAUCCAACUAGCAGCAGACUGUCAUCUGUAACACUGGAAGCUUGGAGACAGGUAGUGACAUCCACAGGCCCUGAGAAAGGCCUGUCACAACCAGGAAUCCUGAGCCCAGCCAUGUGAUCCCCUUUCGGGCUGUAGCAGGUUGUGAGUGUUCAUGGUGCACCUCAGUGCUCUGACUCGUAUCGACACCAGUGAGUGAGAGGCACUGAGCAUGUGCCUCUGAAAAGGCUCCUUGAGGGAGGCCGGGAGUGCACAGGCAGAGCGGGGGUAUCUGGCCAGUAAAAACGGGACCUGUCAGUCGCUGAAGCAGUGACUAUAUCCCAGAAUCUUAGGAAACUGAUUUUGGAAGGUCCUUAGAGAUCAUCUAAUCUGAUCGCCCCAUUUCACAGAUGAAACUGAGUCCCACUGGGAAAUGAUUCACGCAAGGUUACAGAAGAGCCAAUUACAGGCAGAGUAAGGACUAGAAUCCCUGUCGUUACCCUCAAAUUUGGUAUUUUUGUUAUUACACUUUUUACCCCGUUUCUGUGAGGUAGAUACAUUCAACUUUGUCCCCCUUUCUAUCAACACGCAGAUACAUACUAUACAUGUAAUAUUCUUUCACCAUUUAAUCAAGUAUUUAUUGAACACAGGGAGUGAGCCUGACAUACAUCGUCCCAGUCAUUACAGAACUUAGUUUCCAAACUAAACUUUCAAAAGGACUUCCAUACCGUCCUAAGGGACAGCAGCCAGCCUCUCCUUCCCCAUCAGUCAAAACCUCAUUGCUACCAGGACUCAAUAAAGUACCAAAACAAGUGGCAAUUCUGUUAACGUCCCCAUCCUUCCUCCCUCCCUGAAUCCAUACACUUUGCCUUAUGACUCAGCAGUUCCUCCCGUUUGAGGUGGAGAGUAUUUCCACAACCCACUGAUGUUGGACUCAGCUGUGUAGGUUUCUCUGGCCAAUGGAAUGUGGGGGGAGGGGUCAGGGUCCCUGUUCCGAGUCUAGACCUGUGUUUCUGCCACCACGAGAAGAGCAUGCCCUGAUUAGCCCACACGUCCCAGGAGAAUAAGAGCGGGGCAGAACCCACACCAGCCUUCCGCAGCCUGACGCCGGGGGGCCCCGCCUGGCCCGCGAGCCUGUGAGCAUGGCAAUCAGUGCUCAUCCCUGGACGCCAUGGGGUUCGGGGUGGGGGGUUGUGCAGCAGUAGCUAACUAAUAGUUACAGUGUGCUGCGGCGCCCCACGUCUAGCCCUGGUCGCCGGGAGGACAAACGCUUGACUCCACCAAGACUGCCUUCCCCGCCUUCACCUGCGGCUGCUUUCAGAGAUCUCUCCAAAAGAAACAGCCACUUGGCUCUUGUGGGAAUACUGUGCUUCAGUAGGGAGCCCACUGUCAGCCAGUAGGUAACCAUGGACUCUGCAGUUUGCUUCCUCCACCCCUUAGCAGAUGGACGUGACACGUGUCAUCAGCGCCCCUGGCUGACUGGGCAAGGGCUAAGAGGACCAGUGGGGCAGGGAUACCAAAACAUGUUUUUUGGAGGAACCUGGUAUUUUUUUAAAAAGGGGGGAUGGGAAUCAGGACUGCUUAGGGGUCUUUAUAGUUAAUGCUGUCUUUAUUAAAUGCUGUUUUAUUUUGGAUUAUAGGACAUAGGAUGCUGUAUCUUUUUUUAGAUCCUAAGACCUUUAAAGUUUGUAAUCUGGCUUUGAAUGAAUUAUCAAGUGAUUUUUUUUUUUUCCUCUUCCAUCUGUUUUCUCCAUAGCCCUUCCAAGCCCACACCUGGCCUUCGUGCCUCAGGAAAGGGAUGCCACAAUGGAAAUACAAAGAGAAACAAACAAUUAGAAUAUUUUUUAACUUUUAAAGUUCAAGGUCUUGGCAUUAAGGACUGGUUUGGAAGAACGUUUGCCUCUCUCCUUCCCACCAAGGGAGCAGGGGAGGAGUGUUCCUCUGGCCUGGGGAGAGGAACAGAAGGUGGAGGGGUGGACACAGUCAGAUCCUGGGGUGGGCUGUGAUACGGAAUCCCCACCCCAGGCAGGGAGGGAGGGAGGAAAAAAGAGGCACAGAGAGCAGAGGAGCUCUGGGCCUCGCUUUUCUAGGAGGAGCCCAGGAGAGCAGUGAUGCCAGAAAACCCACCCCAGCACGGAGCGUGGCAGUGGACUUGGAAGCCACGUGUGGCUAAGGCAGAGCCUGAGGCAGCCUGAGCUUCUGUGGCUCCAUAUAACAUGAGGGAGAAGCCGCAUUUCCCUGAAAAGGGCAUGGGUGUUAGCUGAGAAACAUUUCUGGUGGGCCUGAAGGCUCUCCCCCCUACCAUGUAGGGACAUUUCAGCAGAAAGUGGCCCUGAUGAGGACAGUGACGUCUGAGCAGGUGCCGUGUGCACAGGCAACUCUGGGGGCCUGCCUCCAAUGUCAUGCUGCUGUGCUUAGCCUGCAGCAUGGGGCGCAGGGGACCCUGAAACGACUGUGAUUAACAAGACACUGUCCCUCUUCACCUAGUAACUUUGUUUUCUGUCAUCACUUGAG